UGGUACUUUAACAAACAUCAGGUUUCAGAAACCAACAAAACAAAUAGUAAAACGGAUCCUCCAAACCCGAUACUAAAAGGACCCAAUAAGGUUUAUCAGUUCUGCAAAAACCUCCCUAAACCCCCACAGGUUUAAGAAUUAAGUGAAAGCGAGAGACAAAGGCGCAAUAAAAACAAAUGUUUCAAAGCAGAGCGGUUGCUUCGAUUCUGAAGAGAAACAAAGCCAUACUCAAUAGCUUAACAUCCAAUCUCAGGGGAACGUCUGCCUCUAGUGUUUUUACGUCUUCUUCUGCUGCAUCUUCUAAUACCGCUAAUAAAGUUGCAAGGGCUUCUUUUAUGGCUUUAGAUCUCUGCCUAAGGAAUAUGUCCACUGUGGCCUCUGUCGGCACCGAGAAGGAGGGAUUGAAGCUACUAGUAACUGCAGGCCAACGUGCUCAGAAAAGGGUUGGAAUAUGGCUUUUUGGUUCUACUGCAUGGGUUUUUAAUAUGGUGGUACUAGGUUGUGUCACACAACUAAGCCGAUCUGGUCUUUCAAUGACUGAUUGGAAAUUCACUGGGAACCUUCCUUCUCUAUCAGAUGAGGAGUGCCAGCAAGAGUUUGAGAAAUACAAGCAAUCACCAGAAUACAAGCGGAUGGAAUAUGCACAUCGAAUGUGGGGGAGAGCUCUAGGUGUGAUGUUUGCAUCGCCAUUCUCGUAUUUUCUUCUUAAGGCAUAUAUUACCCUGCGCCUUGGACUAAGACUCUCUGUUCUUUUUGCUCUUGGUACUGGUCAGGGUCUAAUUGGUUGGUGGAUGGUUAAAAGUGGUUUAGAGGAGCCAGCUUCUGAAUAUAUUCGGCCUCGAGUGAGCCCUUACCGACUUGCUGCUCAUCUUACUGCAGCAUUUGUUAUUUACAGUGGCCUGUUCUGGACUGCUCUUUCAGUUGUAAUGCCUGAACCUCCUUCUCAAUCAUUAGCUUGGGUUCAAGGAGCAGCCAAAGUCAAGAGGCUUGCAAUUCCAGUGAGCCUCAUUGUAGGCAUUACCGCUGUCGCAGGGGCAGUUGUUGUAGGAAAUGAUGCUGUAUGUAGCCAUUUUUGUUCAUUUUCUUGCUUCUCUUCUUUCACAAUAACCUUUUAAUCUUUUCUGGUCCUUGCUGAGGAGCAAUCCGUGUAUGCUUUAAUUUCUUGUGCCGUGCAUGCAAUACUUUUCCAAAGAUGGAAGAUGAAUGGAUUCCUGAUAAUAUAUUUGAAUUGAAACCAUUAAUCCGCAACUUCUUUGAGAAUACAUUGACGGUGCAGGAUAUUUGUCCACUCUUCUAUUUCCUCUUUGACUGUGUAAGCAAGUGACCUUCAUGAUCGUCUAGGCGAUUGUAUUAGUUGCUUGUAUGAUCGCACAGAAAAGGGAAUUGAGUUAAACACAGUCAUCAGUUAAUUUGCUGAGGAUAAUCUGUUAAAAAGUAUAUUCGUCAAGCUGGAAUUGUCACAUAAAAUUUGAUUUUGUUCCUCUCGUUCAUUUUACACCAAUUGCUUCACGUUCAGAGUUAUAACCUUUUGAUUGAACACAAUAAUAAUUUUAGUUCUGAUAAGGUCUACUUAAAGAUCUUCCGCUAUAUAUAUAUUAUCACUUCCAAUAUCUUCACAAUAAUAAGAAACUACUUUUUCAAUAAUAGAUAGUAUAUGCUUUGGAUUUUCCUGCUUGACCACCGUAUCCUCGCAACUAACACUUUAAUCUCAAUUUCUGCUUUGCGGUGGUCAACCAGAAAGUUGGAUAUCCAUCCGGCUAUUCGAUCUUUGGUUGGAAGCUAGGAUUCAAAUAGCGAUGUAAUAGCAGUAUAGCAACUGCUAUUUAGCAGAAUCGGCACCCAUUACCACUGUUAUUCGAUUAAUAUUAGGUGUGAAGAAAAUUCACAUAUUUAACGA